CCGAGACAUGAAUGCGAUGAAUGUGGGGCUCACUUCAAAGCAAAUCGGGAGGGCAGCGAGAGGGGUGUUGUAAUGUCGUUAACGAAGGAAAAAACGCGAGGAAGCGAUCUGCUUUUAGAUCCCCGCUUUUUUAUGAUGUACCACCACGCGAGCGGAAUGAGUGUGUAUUGGUUUUAAUUGUGAUUAAUGAUAACGCGUUUUAACAGCGUGUUCGCGCACUAGUUGAGUCGGAUCGCUUCAGUUGUAGCGAACAAGCUAGCUAGCAAUGUCGGCUAACGUACUCGAAGAUGGUGAAAGUGUUUUUCGCCAUCUCCGUUCACUUCUUAGGGAAGGUCUCGCGCCGCACGUACUUCCUUUCCUCGUUCGUUACGUUUCCCUUUGAUGUUUUUGCUUUUCAAUGCCUUUCCUUGUGUUACCGUAGGCUGUUUUGUUGUAGCCUCUAGCGUCUUGCUGCUUCAAUCUACAAUUUUAGCUUUAUUUUGUACAUAUUUACGUUUGUCUGCGAUGGAUUUAUUGUGGUGUGGAUAAAGCACGACGGGUGAUAAACUUGUGUCGUGUAUGUGUACUUGGGUGCUGGAUUAGCCAGCUAUCUUAACGGGUUGCAGUUAUAGUUUCCUUAAAAGUUUAAGCUUGUAAAGUAAUUGUUAGGCUUGGACACGGAUAGCUCGAGGCUUCUUUUCUCUGUAACUCGGUUAUCGACAACAUAUCAGAUCUGUUUGGCAGGCAGUCACAGGUUUUAAGGUCGAAGCAUGAAAGUGUUGGAUUUAUGGCCUGUCACAGGAGGAAUUCUUUAGCCGUGGCAUUAAAAGGAGUCUGGAUAUAAACUUUCUGGCUUGUGGGCUGUACUGGGACGGGGUGCAUGGACACUGUGAGAAUGAGUGUAAACGAAAAGGGCUGUUAUCUGACAGAUCUGGGUGGCAGCUUCACUGAGAAUGCCCCCAGACCUCCGGUCCCCGGGGAGGAGGGCGAUCUGGUGUCCAGCGAUGGGCGGCAAUACGGCCACAGUUUUUACUCCUCCAAGAGCGAGAUCCUCAAGAACGAGGCCUCCAUAGCUACGCCCCGGAGACCCGAUUUGGAUCUGGGCUACGAGCCCGAGGGCAGCGCUUCCCCGACGCCACCCUACCUGAAGUGGGCAGAGUCGUUGCACUCUCUGCUGGACGAUCAAGACGGCAUCCACUUGUUCAGGACUUUCCUUAAACAGGAGAGUUGCGCCGACAUGCUGGACUUCUGGUUCGCCUGCAGCGGCUUCCGGAAGCAGGAGACGAACGAAGGCAACGAGGAGAAGAUGCUUAAACUCGCGAAAGCCAUUUAUAAAAAGUACAUAUUGGAUAACAACGGGAUUGUGUCGAGACAGAUCAAACCAGCCACCAAAAGCUUCAUCAAGGACUGCGUGAUGAAGCUUCACAUCGAUCCCGCUAUGUUCGACCAGGCUCAGACCGAGAUUCAGACUAUGAUGGAGGAGAACACCUACCCUUUGUUUUUGAAGUCCGACAUAUAUUUGGAAUACACCAGGACGGGUGGGGAAAGUCCCAAACUGUUCAGUGACCAGAGCUCGGUGUCGGGGAAUGGCAGAGUCUUGCCCGGGCAUUUGUCAACUGUGAAGGAGGACGAGGAAUGGAGGUGCGACCAGGGCCAGGACGAUCACCCGGAAAGUGAUCCCACCCCGAGCAACAGGCUGACCCAGAAGCUGCUUUUGGAAACCGUACCUCAACGGGUGGCCACCAGUAAGAGAUAUCACGACAACCUUGAAUACAGACAUGCGUCAUGGAGGGAGCCCGUCAAUCCUUACUACGUGAACACCGGCUACGCCAUGGCUCCCGCCACCAGCGCCAACGACAGCGAGCAGCAGAGCAUGUCCAGCGACGCAGACACCCUCUCCCUGACCGACAGCAGUGUAGACGGAAUCCCACCGUAUAGAUACCGCAAGCCCCACCGACGAGAGAUACACGAAAGUGCCAAAGUUAACGGGCGAGUGCCACUACCUCAUAUUCCUCGCACAAACCGGAUUCCAAAGGAUAUUCACGUGGACCCGGAGAAGUUCGCAGCGGAGCUGAUCAGCCGGCUGGAGGGGGUGCUGAGGGAACGGGAGGCGCAAGAGAAACUGGAGGAGAGACUCAAGAGAGUUCGACUGGAAGAAGAAGGUGAUGAUGCAGAUGUCUCCACUGCCCCCUCACUGGCCAAUCACAGGAUUCCUCCUGCCCACGUGCCGCAUUAUGGUGGACGUUACUCUGAAAUGAGCUACAACGGGUUGCAACUUCGAGACGCUCAUGAGGAGAACCCCGAGAGCAUCCUGGAUGAGCACGUGCAGCGUGUCAUGAAAACUCCAGGCUGUCAGUCUCCCGGAACGGGCCGCCAUUCUCCGAAGUCCCGAUCCCCAGACGGGGUGCCCGCGGGCAAGAUGCCCGGGAUGAUUAUGCCGCUGCCUGGCGGACAAGGCAAGCACCAAGCUCGGCCGGGACCUAAAGGUGAGGCGGCCCACCUGCACCAUCACAAACACGUCCAUCACACGCACUAUCCCGCCGGGGGGAAACCCAAAGAGCAGGCUGAGGUGGACGCCAACAGAAGCUUUGCCUGGAACAUGGAGCAACACCACUUUGUAUCCAAGUCCCGGAACUAUGCGGAUGGCAUGAGCGUCGGCCCCAAUGCCAUGGACCCCAUGGGUUACGGCAGUAAAGGCAGCACGCUGUCCAAACGGACCGUCAGAAAGGGAGACGAUGGAAGGAACUAUGAAUUGCGAGACCCAUUCCAACCCGAGGAUGUGGAAAGGAACCAGAAGAUUCUGCAGUGGAUGAUGGAAGGAGAGAAAGAAGCUGGACGCUACAAGAGGAGCCCAUAUGGAAGCAUCUCAGGCUCCAAGAAGGCCCCGAGUCACGAGGUGUCGAGGCCCAGCUCUGUGGAGAGGCCAGGGGCCGUCCACCCUUGGGUCACCGCUCAGCUCCGCAACAACGUGCAGCCCUCACAUCCUUUCAUCCAGGAUCCGACCAUGCCCCCCAAUCCUGCCCCCAACCCCCUCACCCAGCUUGAGGAGGCGCGCAGGAGGCUUGAAGAGGAGAAGAAGAAAUCUGGUACAUUGCAGGCCAAGCAGAGGCACAAGAAUAUGAAGAAACAGCCGUGUGAGAACAUCACUGUGGCUUAUUACUUCUGCGGAGAGCCAAUACCAUACAGAACAUCUGUUAAAGGAAGGAUUGUCACGCUGGGACAGUUCAAGGAGCUGCUGACCAAGAAAGGAAGCUACAGGUAUUAUUUCAAGAAAGUGAGCGACGAGUUCGACUGCGGAGUUGUGUUCGAGGAGGUGCGCGAAGACGACGCAAUCCUGCCCAUCUUCGAGGAGAAGAUCAUCGGAAAAGUUGAGAAGAUUGACUGAAAGUGAGAGAAGAGAGGAGGAAAGGAGUCGUGGGAUGUGGAGUAUAAAAGAGGGAGCAGUGUAGAGGUGCUGAGAUUGGUACAGGACGUGCAGGAGAGAGAGGGCUGGGGCGCUUGCUGUGGAAAGUACACUAUUUACUCGCAGGUUUCUACCUCUGCGCAGCGCUGAACCGCAUCAUCGCACGCGCAGAGUCCACAGACAGCCUUCGGACUCACGAGACGCCGUUCUCUCUCACCUUUGGUAUAUUUCUAACUCCGAAAUGUAAUGUAGCAAUGUAAAGUUAGACUAGAAAAAAGUAAAGUACUAUGAAUAUGUUUACUAAAGCUGCAUAUUUUUGAUAUGACGUAUCAGAAGGAAACGUAUCCUUUCUAAUUUAACAACUCUUGUAAUUUUAUAUGUACUGGUACCAGAUGUGUACAGACUGUCUGUUUAAAAGCAAAAAGAGAAAGUUUUAUAUCUAUUUAAAUAUUUAAAAAAAGAAAUCGGUUCACCCGUAUCAAAGCUGCGGCGGUUUUCACCAAGCUCCGAUUGCGGAGGCAGAUUGAGACCAGAAAGGCAGAAACUAUGGCUCACGCUUUACCAAGUGCUUUUAACUCAUACAACCAGUUUCAGCUAGGACUGCUCUAUGCAUUGAUGUCAAAGGAGAGGAUGCCUUCACAUUGCGCACGGAUGGGCUUUGAACCAGACGCAGUAUCAUUUGACAUGGCCUGAGCAGGUGAACUGACCGUGAAUAAGCACACCUGCGUUACUUAAAAGAUAUAUAGCCUUGUAGUUUAUAUGCUAAAAAUUGAGAAGGGGUACAAGAUCAUUUUCCAGACGCUUGUCUAUGAAGUAAUGGGAUGUUUUUAGGACGCAAGUAUGCCGUUCUGGUUGUAUGAAUGCACAUGCUCCCGGGGUCCAUUGUCUAAAGAGUGCCAUUGGACAUCACAACAAUCAUGUUUACACUUACCUUAUUGUAUUACAGUCAAUGGGAACGAAUAGAGAAUUGUAGCCUUUAGCUUAACACGGCUAAAUUUGGUGCCUGGCAAAAACGAAUGGUUUUAAUGUAGAUUUAGCCUAACAUGGUCUGCCUUGUUGGGAUCAUAAACACCAAAGAGAAUAAAAUAUCUUGGGAGUCGAAUUAAAUCCAUUUGCGUUGUUCGUUUUGGCGACGCUAGUGAUGCUCCUCCAUUGCAAUAUGCAGCGUUAAGGCUGUGUGUUAUAAUGUACGCUGGUGCUGAUCUGCGAUGUGUACUAACCGCUAGGAAUGGGCUGGAGACAGAUCUAGACGUUGUAUGAUUAUUGUUGUACCACCAUUCUGUCUUCAACAGUGUUAGUGGAGAUUUUCGGUAAUAUUAGUUUUAAGUUGCCCGUUGUCAUCGAUAUUCGUUUAAUGAUUUUCUUUUUCAUAUUUUUUAAUCCCUCAUUCGUUUCGAAUCAUGUUCAUCCUCCAUCCACUUGAACAAUACAAGUACUCGAUACAAGCAUAAUACGGAACAUUUCCUGUUUUCGCGAAUCGGCGUGAUUGUCACAGCGCCUUUGUUUUCAUCGGGGAUGUCGAGAGUUACUACUGUGAAUAGUCUGGACGUGAGCUCCUCUCACCGAAUGAUGGAUAUCCUGUAUAUAAACAUCACACAGAGUGCCUUCUGACCGUGACCAUGCUCAUCUCUCAUUCACUGUCUGCUCUCCUCACUCCAUGUGUCUAGUACCAGGGACUUGCAUUAUGUUUUUAAGAACUUUUUUGUUAGUUUCCUAUGCGAAGAGCAUCGCCACACUUUUAAGUCUUUUUGUGUAAAUAUGUACAUUUUUCUAUGUGUCUUCAACUACAACCAGCAAAACUCAUUUGGAUAUUUAGAGCCCUGGUUCUGCUUUAGUGUGCAGAGUUGUACAGUUAUCAUUUUAUGGUACUUUGGACAAUAAAGACAUGUAAUAAAAUAUA